CGGAACCGUCGCCGCGACAGGGCGGGAGGCAGCGCCAUGGCACAGAAAUGCGACGUGGUCGUGGUCGGGGGCGGCAUAUCAGGUCUCUCAGCUGCCAAACUAUUGACUGAGUCAGGCUUGAAUGUUGUGUUGCUGGAAGCCAAUGACAGGGUUGGUGGAAGAACCUUCACUGUAAAGAAUAAACAAGUGAAAUAUGUGGACCUUGGAGGAGCCUAUGUGGGGCCAACGCAGAAUCGCCUUCUACGAUUAUCUAAAGAGUUAGGAAUAGAGACAUAUAAAGUGAAUGAAGUUGAGCAGCUGAUACAUCAUGUCAAGGGUAAAUCUUACCCCUUUAAAGGUGCAUUCCCUCCUCUGUGGAAUCCAUUGGCCUACCUGGACUACAACAAUCUGUGGAGGACCAUGGAUGAAAUGGGAAAGGAGAUUCCCAACGAAGCCCCGUGGAAGGCUCCACAUGCAGAAGAAUGGGACAGAAUGACUAUGCAAGAUUUCAUAGAUAAAAUUUGCUGGACAAAGGCUGCCAAAAGUUUUGCAACUCUGUUUGUAAAUGUGGAUGUCACUUCUGAACCCCAUGAGGUGUCUGCUCUCUGGUUUUUGUGGUACGUGAAGCAAUGUGGGGGGACAGCCAGGAUUUUCUCAACAACCAAUGGAGGACAGGAGAGGAAGUUUGUUGGAGGCUCUGGACAGAUCAGUGAGAAAAUAAUGGAACGCUUGGGAGGCCGAGUGAAGCUGAAGAAACCAGUAAUCCGCAUUGACCAGUCGGGUGAAAAUGUCGUAGUGGAAACCUUGGAUCAUGAAUUAUACGAGGGCAAAUAUGUGAUCAGUGCCAUUCCCCCAGUUCUUGGUUUGAAGAUUCAUUUCAACCCACCUUUGCCCCCAAUGAGAAACCAGCUCAUCAACCGAAUCCCGAUGGGCUCAGUCAUCAAGUGCAUUGUGUACUAUAAGGAAACCUUCUGGAGGAAGAAGGGGUAUUGUGGUACCAUGAUGAUUGAAGAUGAGGAUGCUGCAAUUGGUUUAACACUUGAUGAUACUAAACCUGAUGGCAGCUUUCCUGCUAUAAUAGGUUUCAUUCUUGCUCGAAAGUGUAGAAGACUGACCAAUCUCACCAAAGAAGAAAGGAAGACAAGGCUGUGUGAACUCUAUGCAAAAGUUUUGGGAUCAGAAGAAGCUUUACAUCCAGUGCAUUAUGAAGAGAAGAACUGGUGUGAAGAGCAGUAUUCUGGAGGCUGCUACACAGCCUACUUCCCACCAGGCGUAAUGACUCAGUAUGGAAGGAUUCUUCGACAGCCCAUUGGCAGGAUCUACUUUGCUGGCACUGAGACAGCCACAGAAUGGAGUGGAUACAUGGAGGGGGCCAUACAGGCUGGAGAAAGAGCAGCCAGAGAGGUACUGUUUGCUAUGAGGAAAAUCCCAGACACUGAAAUUUGGAAGCCAGAACCUGAAUCGAUUGAUGUUCCAGCUUUGCCCAUCACAACCACCUUUUGGGAGAGAAACUUGCCAUCUGUACCAGGACUGCUAAAGCUGAUUGGGUUUUCCACUUUCUUCACCUCUGUGGCUGCUGCAGGGUUAUUUGCCUACAGAAGGGGACUUCUGGUUCGAAAUUGAAAAAUGUGUCAGUGCAAAGCCUCACACUCACAAUUUUCUUUUUCUCUGAGGUUUUUUUGGCAUGUACUUCCCUGCCUUCAAAGACAGGCCAGGACUAGGGAAGAGGAGAAAACAGUAGAGAGAAGACUCUAGAGGGGAGGGUAAAUGAAGGGGAUUCAUAUUCAAAAAGAGCCCCUUGAAUCCAGGCCUCCUUCUAGCAGUAAUUUUUUGUUUUUGAAUUUCUAGGAAACCUUGCAAAGAAUUAUCACCUUGAGAUUUUCAUCCAGAUCUCAGAACACAGGUGACAAAAUGCCUUGAUAACACCUGUUUUGAUAAGAUUUCCAGUGAUUUUUACACAUAUAUCAUAACCAGGCCCCAAAUUAUGAGUCUUCUUAGCACUUCCAUCUUUAGUUGAAAAAAAAAACAACAAAAAAACACUUCUGCCCUCCUUUGUGGUAGACUGAGAAAAGAAAUCCAUAGCUUAAAGAAUAAUUGAUUAGUUAAUGUAAUUUUUUUGUGAGAAUCCUUUUAGUGAUUUUUUUUUCUCUCUCAAAUGUCCAGAGCCCAGGUAGUACUUAAACAAGAAGUCAGGCUACCUUUUCAAAUGGUGGUCUAAAUACAUUCAUCCCAGCUAUGCAAGCGUGGCCUCGGGUUGUUAGUAUUUCCAAUGGUGUCAUUGUCCUACAGUAAGUUGAAGGAGAAUGUUUCUACUGCCUCUUGCAAUGAAGAUGAAUUUCAGGCUUCCUAUCUGUGUCUGAGUUCCUCCCUGUCCAGGAUCAUACCUUCUUGGCCUGGAAAACCAACAGUCUCCAGACAACACCCGAUGUAGUGAGCAGCAUGGCUGGUCAGGCUGUUGGGCCUGAGUGUGAAUCAGGGGCCUUAGGUUAAAUGUGAUAAUACAGACAAAGCAUGUUGAACCUUUGUCACCAUCUGACCUCUUUCUGACUCCAAGCCUCCCCUACCUUUUCAGCUCCCUAAAGGGAACUGCAAGAUAGCAAGAGAACUACUUAACUUCUGCUUAUUCCUGAAAGCUGUACAGCUGUCCACACAAUACUUUUACCACUUUUUCUUAUCUCCUUCCUUUCUUUCAACUGCUUAAAUUUUUACUUUGAACACCUUAAGGGUAGCUCUUGCCUAGUAAGGCACAAUGGGUUCAGAAAUGUAGCUUUACCAUAACAAAUAAUACCCUUAUCUGUCCCUCAGCACUGCUUCAUGCUGAACACAGCUCAGCUGAUUCAGAGUUCCAGUAUCUCCUAACAACCAUGUUGACGUGAUUAGCACUUCCACUUCUGCCUGCUGUGCAGUGUUGUACUGACUGUGCGCUGCUGUUGACUAAUCAGGGAUCUAAAUGAUGAAAAGAUCAAAGGGAAUCACGGGUAAGACAGUCACAUACUAGUGCUUCUACUCUUCCUAGCUUGAUACCUUUCAAACAACGUGAAACAGAAGGAAAAGGGGGAAGAAGGGCAAGAAACAAGUGGAAAAAAAAGCCAGAAGAGAAACAAACCCAUCAACCCCAGCAGUACUUUAGAUGCCAACCUGCCAUCUCAGUAUUUCUACUGUUUAACAUCUGUGCAUGACAAAAGAGGAAGUCAGAAGUAUAAUUAAGAAAAGGAUUUGGCACGGUACAUGAGAAAAAUUGGAUGGAAUUCUUCCGAGUCCAUUUGCUGCACUUCUGCCUUCAAUCAGUGGUAAUUUAUUUGCCAAAAAAAAAAAAGUCCAAUUGCAUUUCAGUAAAAAGCUGUGAAGAGAAGUAUAAAGCAUAAUAAUAUAGUCAGCAAAGGGGGAUGAACAGACAGUAGAGGACAUUUACCAUCAGUCUCAUGCAGACUUUCUGGGCCAGCAUCUGAUGUCCUUGCUUGUGCUGAGUAGUACUUUGCUCUCCAAAUAGUCCCAUGGAAAUCCACCAAACUACCUAUAAAGCUGUAAUAUUUGUGAGCGGUGCAUCGGUUUCUGGCCCUUAGGUUUCAUUCUUUUUAUCUUGAUGUGCCAGUUAAAAAUCUUCUUGUAGCAGCAACUUGGAUUUUAUUACAAAUGAAUAUCCUCAUAACAGCCUUUUAAAAUACAUGGGGGAACUUUUCAGACAUAAAGAUCUUUAAGUCAGAAGAACAGUGCAGCACUGUACUUAUAGCCUUCCUCAUUGUAUUGCACCGAGCACUAAUUGGCGAGGACAUUUGCCUACCACAGAGUGUUUCUGCAUGGGCUUUCUUUCUUUGUGAAUUAUUUACGAAAUGAAUUAGAAACCCAGAGAAUGGGAGCUGUAUGAGUUCAGAGCUUUUGCAACUCAGAUGGUUAUUGGGCUGAAAAUAAGUGUGGGAACCUAAAUCUGGGAAGAGUACUUGAAGUCUUGGCCAAUAUUUCUAAGUAUUGUAUAGUGAACAAACACUUAACAUAUAAAGAACCACUACCUUUGCAGAUCAUUUCACUGCAGCGCUGGAGUUCAAGUUCUAUUUCUGCCCUAGAAAUAGUUUGCGUGUCUGGAAAGGGGAGCAAAUCUAUGAGAUUAAUGAGGGCAAAUUGCUUUUAUUUACGUGUAAAAUGUGUAUUUUUCUUUUUUUCUCCUGAAUCUGUCACUUUUUUUUUUUCUAGUCUAACAAGAAAUUGCUCUGUGCAAUAGGAGCAGAAAACUCAAGGAAAAAACAAUUUUUGGUGUAGUUUGAACUGAAUUAUACAGCAACAAAAGCUUUUCAUGAGAUUGAUCAUUAAAAAAAAAAGUAUGUAUUGAUAUAAAACUUUCUCAUUCUUAGUUUUAAAAUGAAACACAAAUGCAAAAAUCAAAACGCCAACAAAAGAAACCACAAAGCAUUUCAGAUGGAUUGACAUGAAAUUGAAAGUUUGGAUCCCCUGAGGUUUCUAGCCAAUACUUACAGAGCCAGCAGGUCUGUUUUGCUGCAUAUGUAUUAGCACAGCAAAGUCUUUGAUUUCUUCCUCCCAGACUACCAAAGUAUUAGGACUGGUCUCUCUUCUCCAUAGCCACGUCUUCCUAAUGUGCUGUGGAACUUGUUGCCACUGUGUGAUAAGAAGUGCGUGCUGUUGUUUCCUCAACAUCUUUCACGUAAAAUGAAUGUGGCACAUUGUGUAUGUCAGUGUGACAAGAAAACUCAUUGAUGACAAAUACGGGUAAAGAAUGAAGCUGCUUUCACAUGGCUAGAGGGAACUGUUAGCACUAACUUACCCUUGAAAGUUCUUUCGUGCCAACCCUCAAAGAGAGGGAUAGCAUCUGGUUUAAUAGGCAGCUGGUAGUGCUGUGCUAUAUUCUUAACUUGUUAACAUGUUUGAUGAGAAAUCUGUUAAUAAAGAAGGUUCCACAGUUUACCAGCUUAGUAAGAUGCACUAUAGGCACAACUGUGGAAAUAACUCUAUUUGUCUCUUAUAAACUAAGUUGUGUAAUUGUAUAUAUUUUAAGGAUCUUUAGAGUUUGCUACCAAAAAAAAAGAAAAAAAAUGGCUUACUUGCUUGUCGACUGUUGUAAUAGUAACUGCUUACUGCACAGGACAUCAAGAUGUGGCAUAAAAAUCUGUGUUAACCAAAGUACUGGGAAGUUAAUUGUACAGGCUGUUCAAUACUAACUAGGAAGUGAGCGGUUUGAGGUAGGCCCUUGUCUUUCCUUUAACUGGUACAUUUUUUUUCUCAACGCAAAUCUUGAUUGCAAUUAACAUAUCUGCUGUCAGUAAGGCAAAUACAUCAAUCACAUUUAAGUAUCUGUCUAAGCACUGUCCCAUGACUGGAUCCCAAGACCUGGUGGUGAAGCCAGGGGUUUCUAUUAAAAUCUCCUUCUUUCCUCAGUGGGACUGACUGUUUCUCCUUUAGGUAGAUUUUACAUAUGUCCAGAAUUUAUGAUUUUAUUUUAUUUUUUUGAGACAUGAAAGAAAAAUGUUUUUGCGGAAGAAGGAAUUGUGUGUGCUACAGAAGUAUUGGAUGCAAAAGGGACUAAGAAUUAAAUGACAACAAAACUGCCACUGCUCUCAGGCAAGAAGCAAACCCACUUAAAUUUCAGAUUAUAAAUGCUCAUGAAUAAACCUGACCUGUGUUUAAAUAGAUUCACAUUCUCUCUCACUUCUCCACCUUAAGAUCACCUUGAUCUAACCAUCCAUUCUUAAAUAGAGAUAAAAAUGAGAUGGCCAAAGCAGACUUGCUUUCAAAGCAUCUCUACAGUGAAAUUGUUUAGGCUCUGUCAUAGACUGCUGCUUCUAGUGUGUCUCUUGUGACCAUGUGCAGGUCGAUGUCAAGUGAUGCUUGCCUCUGCGUUUUGGAAAAAAAGGAAAAAAAGUGACUUUGCUUUGCAGGAAUAUGUAUGCUGUGUGCGUGAUGAGUCUGUGCCUUUUAUAACUGUAGCAUUUUCUCAAGUGCCUCUGUGGUGACUGUCUCCCUUGGUUUCCUUCUUAAGUUUCCUUUUCAGUAGGCUCUGCAGAUAUUUUUAUCUGACAGCUGUGAACCUUUUUUUUAACCUUAAUUAGAAUCAAUAAAUAUCGUCAUGUCA